AUGGAAUGUAACAAGGGUCCAAAAAAACUAUGGGAUCGUUAUAUAGCAAAAUAUGGCGACUUUCGAAAUCAUAUUGAUGCUAUUCGUGCUGAUUAUCAAUGUUAUUUAAAUUUUCGUAUACCAUUUUCUUGUCCCUCUGUGGACCAAUGUUCAAAGCAAAAAGUACAAACAAAAAUAGCCAAAGCUACACUCGAAACAUCAUUUUUCAAAUACAACAACAGAUUACCACCUAAAUAUUGUAAAUAUCAACAGCAACACGAUAAUUUGUCUGAUACUGGAAUAAGAACAGCAUUGAUUACAGACAACAAUGAUCAUAUUGAUAUUGCCCAGAUAAAGGCAAUAAUGAGAGCUGAGGAUUUUCCAGAUAAUUUAUUUUCAACAACAUCCGAACGCCGUCCAGUUCUUCUCAAACGUCAAAUAGGUGAAAAUUAUGCUAACUGUAUCUCAGCAUCAUCGUCAACACAGGAUGCUCGUAGAAGUAAAACAGAUCUACGAUCCAGAACAGCACUCUUGAAGCACGAUGUUCAUGAAGUACUUGUUAGUACAGUUCAACAUGAUAACAAAACAGCUGCACAACCACCAUCAAAUAAACACAUUAGUUCGGAUAUCAGUGAAUAUUCACUGUCUAAGUCACGAAAAAGUAUCGUGGAACUAUUACCGAGUACUGCUAUACGUCCUAGUCAAUAUCGAGAACUAUUUAAAAAAUUAAACCGAAAUGAUGAACAUCAUAGGAUUUCACCAAAUGAAACACAUUUCAGUUUAACAAAAAAUGUUAUGACUUCGAAAAAUGCAAAAUUAUCUACGGCCUAUAGCGUUAAAGCAUUCAAAGACUAUCUUAUUCAACGUUCAGCCCGUUUACCAAAGGUUUCUUUAUUUCUCUGA